AUGGAUUCUCCUAGUUCUUCAUCCAUGAUAAAUUUUUACUACAACGAGUAUUUUGCGGAUGGCGAUGGUUCGACCGAUGAGGAGCUUGAGCAAGAGACGGUUACGAGUGCAUGUCAACUAGCGGUUCUAUAUGUCAACCAUUCUCGUCGGCCCGAAGCCCCAAAAAAUAAAAGAGGCUAUGUUGAACGAGACCGACGCGCGGCACACGAGCGUUUGAUGAAAGACUAUUUUGACGAGGCGCCGACAUUUUCAAACGAAGUUUUUAGGCGUCGUUUCCGGAUGAGUAAACGGUUGUUUCUACGCAUAGUCAACGACUUGGAAGCCAACUACGAUUAUUUUAAACAAAAACCGGAUGCGAGAGGGGCACUUGGAUUCACCGGUAUCCAAAAGUGUACGUCGGCAUUACGAAUCCUUGCUUAUGGUAACACUACCGACAUCAACGACGAGUAUCUAAAAAUGGCGGAGAAAACAACACGAGAUAGCUUGGAACAUUUUUGUCGCGGUAUAAUUGAUGUGUACGGUGCGCGUUAUCUUAGAACGCCUACAUGGGAGGACCUUCAAAAGAUCUACGAGGUACAUAAUGCCGAGCAUGGUUUGCCUGGUAUGAUCGGGAGCAUAGAUUGCAUGCAUUGGCGUUGGGAUAACUGCCCGACUGCAUGGCGAGGCCAACACACACGUGGUGACCAAAAAGGACCCACUAUUAUUCUUCAGGCGGUUGCUUCACAGGACCUUUGGGUUUGGUCGGCUUACUUUGGCGUGGUCGGGUCAUGCAAUGAUAUCAAUGUUUUUGAACAAUCGCCGUUGUUAGAGGAGUGGAUUUCUGGCAAAGCUCCAAAAGCGUCGUUUUACGUUGAAUAA